AAAGGUGAGAAAACAAAAUAGGAGGGCCUGCUGUGACUGCAAACCUGUGUUACUUCAUUUUACCUUCUUAAAAGGAGAGAACAUGGUUUCUAUGAUGACAACUCUGUGGCAAGUAAUUAUUCCCAUGAUUGUCCUGUCCCACUUCUCAGCAUCUCUGCCAUCCUGGGAGAGGACGGAGCGCCACGCAGACGGGCUCUUCCACAGCGAGCUCAGCAAGAUGAAUGGCAACGCCUACGUGCAGCAGUUGGUCAAGCACCUGGUGGGCCUCAAGGACAGGUCCCUGAGGCACUCGGAUGGGCUGUUCACCAGUGAGUACAGCAAGAUGAGAGGCAACGCCCAGGUUCAGAAAUUCAUCCAAAACCUCAUGGGCCGCAAGCGCAGCUCUCCUGGCCCAGUCAACACAGACAUGCAGGGGAGAGAGGGAGUAAACAAACCUGAGGAACUUUGCUUUCUCUGGUUGUACCAGAGCUUUCUGAACACCAGCCGCUCGGACAGAGAUGCCAGAGAGGCUGCUGCCAUUACCAGCCAGUACAUUUGCCCCUUCUCUAAGCAGCUGGUUGCAGACACGAAGGAAGAUACAGAUGGUUCUGAAUGAAGGUGAAGGGAAAGAAACAGCC